AUAACACAUCAAAAAUGCACAUUCAGACAUGCAUCCAGAACGCAUCUGGCCAUUUUGUGGUCUGAAGUAGCCCUGAGUACUUCUCUUCUUGUACGGUGUCACUGAGUAGGAGGGAUCAUUCUAAGGACACAGUGGCAUGUUUAUUGUUAUUGGAUGUUACAAAGGUGAAAGGAAUUUCCUUGUCAAUAUCAGUAGAGCGGUUGAGAAAGUUAAACAACUCCCAUGCAUACAACCCUCAGAGGAAGAAAUGAAACUAUCUGUACAGCAGCUGAGCCGCCCGUGACACUUCUACAGAGGUAAUAGGAUCCAGACAUCAUGGCUUCCACCACAAAGGCAUCAGAGAUGAUUAAGCAUCUAAAAGGAAAACUAACACAAGUGUUUGCAGAGAAUGUGGACGGCUUGUGUGAUGAAGUGGGAUCUCUCAGCAUCCUAACCCCUCAGGAGUACAUAGAUCUGUACAGGACUGGGGGACAUGUAGAGAGAACGGAGAGACUCAUAGACCUCAUUCUACAGAAGGGAGAGCCGGCCUGUGCAAAGUUCAUGGAUCAUCUUGAGAACAUGAUUUCCAGGUUUCCAGACUUGGGUGGUGUGCCUACAUUUUUGGAGGAACUUCAUACCAGAAAAACGACCUUUCAUCAGUUUGCAGAAAAAAUGAACAUGGAACCUUACCUCACUACAAAAUUUACUCUGAGGGACAUCCUGAGCGUUGGCUUAGAGAAUGUGAAUGACAAACCACCGAAAACUGUAGAGGAUCUUCCCUGGAAUUAUUUAAGGAAACUCAUGGCCUUAAAUAGGACUGCAAGAGACAUUCUUCUUGAGAAAGAUCAGUCUAUUGGUGAUGAUGUAUACGACGAUAAUGAUGAUGAUGAUGAUGACAACCUAUUUGAUACUUCUUUAGUUUCAGGUGAUAAUUCAUCUGUCUCUGUUCACCCCCUGGAUGUUCUGUGUCUCCUCCUGCAUUGCUCAGACAGUUUUCUCCAACAAGAGAUUGUAACCAAAUUGUCCAUGUGUCAGUUUGCUGUCCCUCUGCUGCUCCCUGCUGGUGACUUGUCACACUGCACCCUCAUGCUUUGGGCAAUGAGAGACAUUGUGAAGAAGUGGAGACCUCAGUCAUUAGCGGACAGUAAAGGGUUCAGAGAAGAAAAUGUGGUGAAUACUUCCAUGCCAAUCUUCUCUUAUGUCAGAUUUGGAAAAAGCAAAUUAUCAAAAUCAAAAGUCCUGAACCAAGUUCUUAAUCCAGAUCAGUUACAUAAUAACUUCUUCAUACAUGACAAUAUGGAUGGAGGAAACAUUAAGAGGGAAAUAUCUGAUGGACUGGUAGAAGUUUCCUGGUAUUUUCCCUCUGGUAAGUCUGAUGUUUUCCCAGAACCCAUCACAGUGACCAACCUACGAGGAGACCUGGAGGUCAACUGGGACCAGUUCACGUUUCUGACAAGAAUUUCUUCAGCUGUGUUUAUAUUCAUUGAGGAUAUUUCUGAGAGGGAAUUCAGACUUUUAUCAUCCUGUCCAACCACUGAUACCCAGUAUUACUUCAUUGUUACUCCCGGUCCUGGUAAAACUGUGAGUCCAAAGACAAGAAAGACCCUUCAAAACUUAAUGCCAGUGUUAAAGUUACAAAAAUAUAAUGUGAUAAUACAUACAGGCAUGGCAAAUGAUGCAGCAUUUGUGAAAAAGCUACAAAGUAUCAUUAUAAAUUUCUUAAAGAGUAAGCCAAAAGAAAAGAAAAAGAGGGACCUUGAGAAAGAAACUCAUGGAUUGAACAUCGAAGUGGAUGAGAGAGUUCCUGAAUGUCAGAAGGCCAGGGAACAUGCCAGGAAAAUUACAGAAGAAAUAAGAGAUGUAUCUGAGUACAAAAAGAACACUAUGAAGUUACAGGGAGAUCUCUGGAGACAGUUAUCUGAAGUGGAAAAGGAACUUUGCAGAAUGACAAGGCAAGGUGGUAAAGACACACAACAAUAUCAAGAUGAACUGAUAAAGAAACGUAGUUCACUACAUGAGGAACAAUAUAAACAUGAUCUGCCCAAUGGUUUAAUGCUCUUUAUUGAUGCAAUCACUCAUUUGUCUGAGAAUGAGAAACAUUUUUUUCUGAAAUGGAUGAAAUUUGAACUUGAUUCAAUUGCCAGAGAUCGUCUUUCUAAUCUACAAGCUGAAUACAAAGAAAAAUGUAGCAGCACAAUCUUAAGUAACAAGGAAGAACUCAAAAAGAUAGACCAGAAAAUCACUGACAGUUCUUUAGGAAUUGAACAUUUCCUACGUGAGAUGGGACAGUUUUAUGAAGCUGAAUGUUCCAUGAUUAAAGAAAAAAAACUAGGUAAAAGAAAAAAACGAUUUAAUAGACUUCCAGGAAUUGCUGCUGAUCUCUUGUUGGGUGGUUUCCCAUUGGAGCUGAUAGAUGGAGAUGCCUCCAACAUUCCCCUACGAUGGAUAACUGAUGUUCUAAAUGAGCUGCACACCAAAACCAGGAAAAAAUGCAGAAUGAGAGUAAUCACUGUGCUGGGAGUGCAGAGUACGGGGAAAUCCACUCUUCUCAACACCAUGUUUGGUCUGCAGUUCCCGGUGGCCAGUGGAAGAUGCACACGAGGAGCCUUCAUGACUCUUCUUAAUGUGAAAGAGAACUUCGGGAAGAUGCUGGACUGUGACUUCAUCCUGGUGAUUGACACUGAGGGGCUGAAAGCUCCAGAGUUGGCUUCCUUGGAGGGCAGUUAUGAACAUGACAAUGAACUGGCCACACUAGUGGUUGGGUUGAGUGAUAUCACCAUCAUCAACAUGGCCAUGGAAAACACAACAGAAAUGAAGGAUAUUUUACAGAUUGUGGUCCAUGCUUUUCUUAGAAUGAAAGAAAUAGGAAAGAAACCCAACUGCCAGUUUGUACAUCAGAAUGUGAGCGAUGUGUCCGCUCAUGACCAGAACAUGAGAGACAGAAAGAAACUUCUGGAACAACUGAAUGAAAUGACAAAAGUAGCUGCAGAGAUGGAAAACAAAAGUGAACUAAAAACUUUCAGUGAUGUGAUGAACUACAACCUGGAGAAAGACAACUGGUACAUUCCCGGGCUCUGGCUUGGGGUCCCACCAAUGGCUCCAGUAAAUUCUGGGUACAGUGAACAUGUGUCUGAACUGAAAAAGUAUUUAUUGGAAAUAAUGACAAACAAAGAAUCUCUGCACAGGCCUUCAACUAUUCCUGAAUUUAAAACAUGGAUAGAAAGUUUAUGGAACGCUGUAAAACAUGAGAAAUUCAUCUUCAAUUUCAGGAACAGUCUGGUGGCAGAAGCUUAUAAUAACCUGUCUAUGCAAUACUCACAGUGGGAAUGGGAGUUCCGAAAGUUUGUCCAUGAUUGGCUGAUCCGUACAGAGAGAAAGAUUAAGAAUCAGACUGCAGAGAUUCUAAGUGAUGAUGAACUUUGUUUGGAAUUUAGCAAUGAGCUCAACAAUUUGUUGAUUAGUAAAGAAAGUCAAGUAUUGGAAUUGCUGGAAAAAUACUUUAACAAUAAAAAUGAAAAUGUUCAUCUAAUAGAACGAUACAAACAAGACUUCAUUCUGAGCACAACAUCUCUGAAGAACCAACUAAAAAAUAAUUCUCUUUUGAAGUUGGAUGAAGCUGUCUCAAUUCAGAAAGGGAAAUUCAAGAUCCAGAAUAUGCAAACUAAUACCCAGAAAUCAAUUGAAGACAAAAUUGCAGAUCUCCUCAAGAAGUGCCGACAAAUGGCAAAAAAGCCGAACAAUAAAGAACUAAAGAUAGAAUUUGAGGAGGUGUGGAAGAGGACACUGACAGAUCUACAGAUAAAGGAAUUAAAAACAUGCAUAGUCAGUAGAUCUAUGUUCCAGCAGCUAAUGAAUGACAUGAGCAAUAAAGGAUCAGCUGUCAAUGAACACUUACUGGGUGUGAAGGACUUGGCAAAUAUCACACAGACUGAUUUCAAGAUGGAUGAGAAAUAUAUUGAGAAGGGUUGGUUUACAAAACUGAAAGAUACAUUUAGGUCCGGAAAUGAGCAUUUUGACAAAAUAAAUGGUUUUGCUCGUUCUCUUAUAGAUAACUGUAAAAAAUAUAUCAGAGAGAAGGUGGAAACCGGAGAGGACUAUUGUGACAACUAUUGCCUGGAAUUACUUAAAAUGAUUACAAGCGACAUUUCCAAACAGCCCAAAAGUCUUCAUUUGUCCACAUGGUUUGAAGUGGAUAUCAAACUUCACAUUCUUAGAAAAGCUUCCAGAGAGUUUCAGAAGAUGCAUGAUAAAUUUAUUCGAGAGAACGAUCCGAAACUGUGUGUGGAGAAAAUAAAGCCUGGAUAUUUAAAAACAUUUAUCAGCACAUUUCAAGAGAAGAAUAUUUGUCAGACUAAAGCCAAAGAAUUCUGUGAGCGAUGUCUAAAACCAGCAAUGAUGGAUCAUGUUUUCCACCAUCUUGGGCAGAAAAUAGUGGAUGGCAUAGUAAGUUCAGACAAGAAGAAAUUCAGCAGUAGAACAUUCUUUCAAGUUUUUUUAUUGAAGGAGCUCCUGGAAAAAACCUCCUUCCAGAAAUAUGUAGACUAUAUGGGAAACCAUGAGGAAUAUACGAAAGCCUGGAUACUAAGUUACACUGAAACAUAUGCAAAGCCGCGAAUCCUAAAACCAUUACAAGAAAUUCUGCUCUCUUCACUGGACAAAAAGAUAAGAGGAGCUCUUACGAAAGAAAACUCUCUUAGAAGUCCGUCAGUCUUACAUUUUCUGAAAAGUGUAUGUGAGACACUAAAAGAAGAAUUGGUGAUCCCUCAGAAUGAGAUGCAAGCGGUCACCUUCCAGAACACGGCUGAUGUUGGUAAAUUUUCAUCUGACAUUCAGCUCUUCCUCCAAGAUACAAAAACAAAAGUCUUAACAGAGCUGCAAUCUAUGGAUAUAAAGUCUGUACUCUCCAGGGUGACGGUGAAGCCUCAGGAUGAAUUGUUCAGGAAGGUUGUUGGCUGUGGGAAGCAAUGUCCAUUCUGUGGUGUCCCCUGUGAGGCCGGAGGUGAGGAACACAAGGAGCACUUUGCUACCAUCCACAGACCACAAGGACUGAGGAGAUACAGAUGUCUUUUUUUCAAAAUCUUAAGUACAAAUAUAUGUAGUACAUCUGUUGUAUCUAAUGAUCAUUUUAUUAAUCUAGAGACAGGAGAGAAAUGUCACCCAUACAGGGAGUAUCGCACAUACUAUUCAAACUGGUCCAUACAACCAGAUCCCAGCAUUGAGUCAUCAGAUUACUGGAAAUAUAUUUUUGUUACAUUUAAUGAAAAGCUUGCUAAAGAAUACAAUGCAAGACCAGCAGAAAUACCAGAUGGCUGGAGAUCCAUCACAAAAGAAAAAGCUUUGGAAAGCCUAAAAAAAAUGUUCAAUAGCUAAACGGAGAAGAAAGAUCAACGUGUAAUUCCUCCUUCUAUCCUAUUUCCCCAUCCUAUUAUCUGCAAAUAAAUAAUAAAAAUAACUCUACUGUUCAUUUUCUCUAAUUGGAAGAACUUUUUAAAUAUUUUCCUCACA